GACUGCUCACAGUCUCUGCUGUGCAUCCACCGAGUCGCCGGGUGGCGCUUUGGGCAGCCGGCCCGCGCUCUCCCCGGACUCACAGCGCCCUUCUAGCCGCGCCCUCAUUAUAUCUCUUUUCCCGGCAUCCUUUGCUCUCUUCACCGGCCGCUGCCAAUAUGGGACGUGUGCGAACAAAGACCGUGAAAAAGGCGGCCCGGGUCAUCAUUGAAAAGUACUACACCCGGCUAGGGAAUGACUUCCACACGAACAAACGGGUGUGUGAAGAGAUUGCCAUCAUCCCUAGCAAGAAACUGCGCAACAAGAUAGCUGGGUAUGUCACCCAUCUGAUGAAGCGUAUUCAGAGGGGGCCUGUCAGAGGUAUCUCCAUCAAACUGCAGGAAGAGGAGAGAGAGAGGAGGGAUAACUAUGUCCCUGAGGUCUCUGCCCUUGACCAGGAGAUCAUUGAAGUUGACCCAGAUACUAAGGAAAUGCUGAAGCUGCUGGACUUUGGCAGUCUGUCCAACCUGCAGGUCACGCAGCCCACUGUGGGAAUGAACUUCAAAACACCAAGAGGAGCUAUCUGAAUCCAUUGCUGUGCUGUCGUUUUUCCAAUAAACGUGGGAAACCAAA